AUGACUUUCGAAGAUUUCAAUGAAAAAAUCACACCUGCAAACCCCAGCCGGGAAACAUCACCAAACCGGGGCUCCUCCGUCCAUCAAUCCAUCGCCAUACCCAAGCCCUGUAGACCACUCCGACAAUGGCAGCAAGAACAAAACAUCGACCGCGAUGCCCAAAUCAAACUCACCAAAUUGGUCCACAUGCGGUAUCAGCACCCUGAUCUAGACGAAAUAACCACAUUCCUACGUGACUUCGGCAUGAGCGUAGCCCAAAAAGCCCAAGGGAAGAAAUGGUUCAAAGGCUACGGCUCCGACCAAUACGUCUACUACGCCCAGCAAGGCGAAAAGAAGUUCCUCGGCGGCUGUUUCGAAGUAGAAACCUACGCCGAGCUAGAAAAGGCGUCAAAAGUUUCCGGCGCAGGUCCCAUCGAAGAGUUGACCGACGCACCAGGCGGCGGCCACAUGAUCACCCUGUACGAUCCAGAAGGCUUCCCCAUAAACCUAAUCCACGGGCAAACAAAAAAAGAGCCAGGCCCAUUUCCGGAAGUCCUAACAACAAACUACGAGAACGAGAAACCACGCGUCGCGCGAUUCCAACGGUUUAAACCGGGUCCUGCGGCGGUGCAUAAACUAGGCCAUUACGGUCUAUGUGUACAAAACUUCCAGGACGAGAUGCAAUGGUACACACGAACCUUCAACAUCGUACCCACGGAUUUCCUCUACAUCAAUCCCAACCCCUCAGACCCCUCCUUGCCGCAACAAAAAGACGUAGCCAUCUUCGCACACCUCGAUCUCGGUCCCAACUACACAGACCACCACACCAUCUUUCUCUCCACAAACCCCACUUCACAUGUGCAUCACUGCAGUUUCGAAGUCCACGACUUUGACACGCAGAAUCUGGGGCAUGAGUGGUUGGCAUCGAAGGGGUAUAAGAGUGUUUGGGGUGUGGGACGGCAUAUUCUGGGGAGCCAGCUUUUUGACUAUUGGUGGGAUACGACCGGCAAUAUGAUUGAGCAUUAUGCGGAUGGGGAUUUGGUUAAUGAGGAGACGCCCGUGGGGUGGGGAGAGGCGGGGGAUGAGAGUUUAGCGGUUUGGGGACCGGAAGUGCCGAGUUGGUUUUUGGAUUGA